AAGAGCAGGGAGGACACACUGUGCACGGACAGCACACAAAUGCAUCCAGCCAUGGCACCUGCAAUCUCUCUGCAUGUCUCACUGACUCCCACUCACAAGAUUCGAAAGCCUCUGGUGGAAAAGUUCCGGCGAGAGCGAAUCAACAGCAGCAUCGAGCAGCUCAAGUCUCUCCUGUCCGCCGAGUUCCUCCGGCAGCACAACGACUCCAAGAUGGAGAAGGCGGACAUCCUGGAGAUGACCGUUUGCGUCCUCAGGAGACUCCAGUCCGGCCCUCCAACCGGGGCGCGCUUUGAACGAAUCGAGUCUUCCUGUGAGAACAGUCUGGCGGAGGAGGACUUUUCUCCUCUCAGCUCUCCGGGCCGCGGUAGCAGCAGCAGCAAGGAGGAGCGCUCGUCCCAGAGCAUCCCCUGGAGGCCCUGGUAGACCGACUCAACUGACUCCCAUGAGCCGUUCUCAUGACAACUUGUUUUAUUUCCGAUGGAAACUAUCGACGGAAUAUCUUUUGUUAUGCACGAUGCAUUUAUCACAUCUGAUUGCAAUUGCAAUUUUCUUCUUUUCCAUAUUUUUUCAAAUAUGAAAAUGUUCAUUUGUUAUUGAUCAUAUUGAUCAUUUUGUCUUGCUGGUUGAUGUCCUAUGGAAACAACAGCAAUAAUAAUAUAUUGUUGUGCAUGUUGCAUAAAGAGUCCGAUUGCUUUGACAAUCAUUAUUAACCAGUUGUGAAUCUUUUCAUGUAUUUUUACAUGAUGAUGUUACUUCUGAUCAUAUUGAUCUCUUACUUUUUGGUGGAGGAAUUUUCCAAUAGGAAACAUUUUGCAAGAAUGUUUUUCAUGCAUGUUGUAUGAUCUAUUCUGGUGAAUCUCAUUAGAGUCCGAUUACUUCGACAAUCAUUAUUAACCAUUUGUGAAUCUCUCCAUGUAUUCUUACAUGGUCACAAUGUUCAUUUUCUUGUGUGUUAUUGAUUGUAUUGAUCUCAGCUGUUAUUUUCCUAUCGGUAAAAUAGCAAAACGGUCUUUUUUAUCAUGCAUGUUGCAUGGCUCUUAUUGUAAGUUUGCAAGGUUAUUUUGUGACAUUCUUAUGGAUAUGGAUCCAAUUUUCUUACUGAUCAUGUUGAUUAUUUUUUUCUGGGUGACCUUUUCCAGGAAAACAAAAGCAAUACUCAUUGUUUAUUUAAAGCCUUUUGACACAUUUUUGUAUGUCAAUGAUGUUACUCCAUCAUGUGAUUGAUCAUAUUGAUCUCCACUUUUUGCUGGGUUACUUUUCCUAUGGAAACAAUAGCAAUAAUAUCUUAAAAUAACAUGUUUAUAGUGUAUGUGGCAUUAAAAUUAUGAUUGCUUUAGCGAUUGUAUUUUUGAUUGUUGUAAGACCUUUUGAUACAUUAUUGUAUGCAAACGUGAGGACAUUGUGUUUUAUAGCAAUGUUCUGGAUCAUACUGAUCUUCUGAUUGCUCAUGUAAGAUCAAAAAAAGAUUGUCUUCUCAGUCUAAUGUCAGAUUAACAUUCUGACCUGUUUUAAGGUGGCUUUUGUCACAUCAAUGUCUUUGUUAAUGUCUUUUGUAAAGACAAAUGUCUCUGAUUGUGUUAUGUCUCAUCACAUUGCUGAGUUGAGUCUUUGUCACUAAACAAAAAUGUUAUCGUAAA